AUGCCGCUGGUGCGGCACCGCAGGGUGCUCAUCCUCGGGUACCGCGGCGUGGCCCCGCGCUUCUGCCCCCCGGGCAAAACCUCCCUGGCCCAGCAGUUCGUGGGGUGCUAUGAGCCCACGGUGGAGAGCACCUACAAGAUGGUGGUGAUGGGCAAGGAUGAGUUCCAGCUACAGGUGGUGGACACAGCUGGGCAGGACGAGUACACCAUCCUGCCCCACUCCUUCGUCAUCAGCAUCCGCAACUAUGUCCUGGCAUACUCAGUGCCGUCCCUGCAGACCUUCCGGGUGGUGAAGACCCUUCACAACAAGCUGUCUGAGAGCUGGGGGAAGAUGCAGUCGGUGCUGUCCCUCCCAGGGAAGGGAGUGCCUGGGGGGGCCGGUUCCUCACCCUUCCCAUGCCUGCAGUGUGCCUGUGGUGCUGGUGGGGAACAAGGCAGACCUGUCCCUGCAGAGGUAAGGAGGGCUCUGGGGGUCCCAUCCCCUCCUGCUGUUGUGUCAUCUGUCCAUCCCCCUUCUCAAGGACCUGGUGGCCCAUCCUGCUGUGCCUCCGGCCGGGAGGUGAAGACGGAUGAAGGGAAGAAGCUGGCAGGAUCAUGGGGGACCACCUUCCUCAAGUCCUUGGCCAAGGAGAGCCAGGUCUGGGGCAGGGAGACAGAUUCUUCCUGGGUGCUGGGGCUGAUGUCCCCCCAUCCCCAGUUGGCCCAGGGGAUCUUCACAAAGAUCAUCGAGGAGAUGGACCAGGCAGAUGACACCUACAGCAGACUGACCGGCUGCCACCUGAUGUGAGCCCUGCCUGGGGCAGGAGUCCCCUGGGACCUUCCCCCAGACCACGGCAGUGGCUUUGGGGGGUCCGGGGCCACGUGGCCCUGCAGUUGUACAGGACCCCUCACUUUGCACAGGCUGUGGGGCUCACGAGGGGCUGGGAGUGGGGUGGGGGUUCCAUCCCAGCCGGGGAGCACCCCCUGCUUGUAGCUGCUGGCCCCCCCCUCCCUUGCGCACAAGGACACGCCAGGGCCGUUUGUCCUCCGGCUGCAGGGGCUGAAUGCGGGUGUUGUUCCCGGCGCAGGGCUGCGGGCUGGCUGUGCCGUGCUGGCAGCCGCUGCUCGUGGGAGUCAGGGCCGUGGGGCCGGAACAAUUAAAUGUUGU